CGAGCCUGGGCUGCCUGUCCUGCCGUUUUCAAGCUCAGCCAAUCCUCAAUGUGCGAGGGGCUUCAGCAUCAUGAUAUUUAACACACCCACCCCGAACAUCCGACCGAGGUAUUUCCUCAAGCGCCUGUCAACGAGCAGACAUCACCUUCACGAGAGCUGGACGAGCAGCAGGAAACGCUGAAACUUUCUCCAGAUAUCACAUUUGUCGACGGACGGAAGGAGGUGCGAUGCCACACUUUCUCGAGACCUGCCAAGGCUGCCAUGCGUCUCGUCGUGUUCCCCGACUGAACAGCCCCGAUUCUUUCACACCGGAUAAGAGGAGCGAAUGAACUUGAACAGCUGUGAAAGACAUCUCGUGCGCUGUAUGAAUAGCGGCAGAUGUUUUCUUCGCAUGCCGAAAUGGACAUCGCGAACGCGCACUUUUCUGGAUAGUCUACUGUAUCCGACGAGGCUUGACUUGUUCACAUUUCGCAGAUAUCUGCAGCAUACGAGCUAUUAAAUGGUCAAACAGACUAUGAGUGACUAUGUCGCGUCUCGUCAACUGACCGCACGGGAGGAAUUUAAUCGCGAGCGCACGUAAAUAACUGGAUUAUUGUUUGGCAUGGAUGUACACGAGCGCUUCGCCGAAUAAACCCUCAUCUCUGCCCUUAAACUGGCACAUGAAAACACAGACGUUCCAUGCGUUCCCCUCCUAAAAUUGGGAGCCCGUGUUUUAUGUACUGUUGGCGAUGUAGUGCGCUUGCUCACUUUUAUCCCUGACAUUCCAAACAAGUCGUUUCUCGAACGCGAGAGCCUGAAGAUGAUCCUCUUUAGAAAAUUCCGCGUCUUGAUUUUGAUGGUGUUUCUUAUAGCCUGCUCCAUGCACAUUAUGAUAGACUUGUUACCGAAGCUGGAGAGACGGAGCGGUAGCGCGUGCUCGUGCUCACACACACCCAGCGAAGAGCCGCAGAACUGGGCUAAGCAUCGAGCCAAGCCGGGAUCAGAGUCCGGCUGGCCUAAUAAACACACACUCCGAAUACUUCAAGACUUCAGCAACGAGCCCAGCUCCAACCUGUCCUCUCACUCGCUGGAAAAGAUGAUGGUUGGGGAGAGAGCCGAGGCUUUGAAGAGAUUUGAGCAGCUGACAGGUGACGAGAGGAGGCUCGCGACGCGGGACUCUGCCUUGAAGAACGCAGCGGUCAAGGGUUCGAGGCUCUCGGCGCUGUUUGAGCAUCCUUUAUACACCAGGCCGUUGCCUCCUUUAACUGACGAAGACACUUUAUUCAAUGUCAACACUGAUAUACGAUUUGACCCUAAAGCUGCGGAGAAUCCAGAGUGGAAUGGGGAAGGUAAAGAUGGGGAUUAUGCACCUACGGGUGAGAUGUCUUCAGACUCCUACCCAAACUGGCUCCGCUUCCACAUUGGGAUCAACCGGUAUGAGCUUUACUCCAGGCAUAACCCGGUUAUUGACGCAAUGCUGAAGGAUCUGGUUUCGCAAAGGAUCACCAGUGUUGCAAUGAAAUCUGGAGGCACGCAGCUGAAGCUCAUCAUGACAUUCCAGAACUACGGCCAGGCUCUUUUCAAGCCCAUGAAGCAGACACGGGAGCAGGAGACACCGCCAGACUUCUUCUACUUCUCUGAUUUCGAGAGGCACAAUGCAGAGAUCGCAGCAUAUCAUCUAGACAGGAUCUUGGAUUUCCGCAGAGUGCCGCCGGUGGCUGGGAGACUGGUUAAUAUGACCAAAGAGAUCCGAGACGUGACCCGUGACAAAAAACUGUGGAGAACUUUCUUCAUUUCACCAGCCAAUAACAUCUGUUUCUACGGUGAAUGUUCGUACUACUGCUCCACUGAGCACGCUCUGUGUGGAAAACCUGAUCAGAUCGAAGGCUCUUUAGCAGCUUUUUUACCUGAUCUUUCCUUGGCAAAACGCAGGACCUGGAGAAACCCCUGGAGAAGAUCCUAUCACAAACGCAAGAAAGCAGAGUGGGAAGUGGAUCCAGAUUAUUGUGAAGAAGUGAAGCAGACACCACCAUAUGAUAGUGGCACACGUCUGCUGGACAUCAUGGAUAUGACCAUUUUUGAUUUCCUUAUGGGAAACAUGGAUCGUCAUCAUUAUGAGACGUUUGAAAAGUUUGGGAAUGAAACUUUCAUUAUUCAUCUUGAUAAUGGAAGAGGGUUUGGUAAACAUUCUCAUGAUGAACUUUCCAUUCUGGUGCCUUUGAGUCAAUGCUGCAGGGUGAAGAAGUCCACUCAUUUACGGCUUCAGCUUGUGGCUAAAGAAGAGUUUAAACUGAGCUCUCUGAUGGAGGAAAGUCUCCAGAUGGACACACUGUCACCCAUCCUCAUCAGGCCUCAUCUGGAGGCUAUGGACCGCCGGCUGCGUCUGGUACUGCAGGUACUGGCUGACUGCAUUGAGAAGGAGGGCUACAGUAAUGUAGUGGAGGACGACAUGGGCACAGAGGGCAUGAACACGGGCACAUUCCCGCAGAGGUAGUGGGCACAGACUCCUCUGAAGCCCCACAGCAGCUCUAGAGACCAUGAACGUUCCACAAGAGAUGCUCUUGUUGAUCAACUUUUCUGAAUUCAGUGAAUUCCUAAGACUCAUUCCUCAACCAGUGGACCAUGUGGUUAACUAAAGACACACAGUAAAGAAAGAGAGGGUGUUCUGCAGGCCUGCGUUCAUUCGAUCCAGAAAUAUCUGAGCAAUGUUAAAAAAAGCUGAUCUUUAUAUGUAACAAGACAGUGUUAUAAAAACAGUGGUUCUAAACUGGUGGAUCCUCACAUAAACGGGCAAUUUCUUAAUGCAGACAGACAAAAAUAAUCAUUAUUAUUUAUUCAUAUAAAUUAUUAUUAUAUAUAAAUUAUUCAUAUAUAUUAUAAUUACAUAUAUUAAAUGUAUUAAUAAAUACAAUGCAAUGACAAUACUGAUGAUGAUGAUGAUGAUGAUGAUGAUGAUAGUAACUAUUGUCAUUAUAAUUUAUAAAUCUGAAAAAUAUAGCAUUUUUCUUGACUUUUCUUUAAAAGUUUCAUUUAAGACAUCCCAAAUACAGGUUGAUAUAUUAUUUGUAAUAAUCAUGAAAAUAAUUAUUGAAUAAAUGUGCCAAUUGAUAAUAAAAAUUAUUAUUAUUAUUAUUAUUUUUAUUAUUAUUAUUAUUAUUUCAGCUUUUAACAAAUGUAUGAAAUGCUUUAAUUAAAAUAAAAUAAAUAAAUAGCAAUGCAAUGAUAAUGUUGCAAAUAAUAAUAAAUAAUCAUUACAGUUUAUAAAUCAAGGCAUUACACUAUUUUUUUUAAAUUCCAAAAUAUAAAUUGAAUGAUUGAAACAAAGUAAUAAUCAUAAUAAUUAUUGAACAAAUUUACCAAUUAAAGUAAUACUACUAAUAAGAAUUAUCAUUAUUAUUAUCAAUAUUAUUUGUUGAGUUAAUAAUUUGACACACUACAUAAUUUUGUUCCAGGAGCUUUGGCUUACUUCUGUAUGACAAACAACUUUCAUUCUGUGUUGCAUUGCCACUUACUGUCUAAUGUAAAAAAGCAAACCAGUUGAGCACCACUGUUUAAAAAAACUACACCGAUAUUUCCAUAUCUUUACUGCACAUCAUUUAACCAGUAUUUGCUCUCCCUUGGGCAAAGUAUUUGAGCUUUAGAGAUAUAGCAACUUUAUUUCCUUUUUUUUUUAAGAAAUAAGCGAAGGAUGUGCAGGACAGAUCUGCUUUUUACAGCUCAAGACUUUUCAGAAAGCUACGAGGAACUACAGCUUCAGCGCACACGAAUUGUGCACCUUUAUCUGAAUAUACAGUAUGUGGACCUUCAUAUCUUCAAAUAAAUCCUUUAUACUGUCUCCAAACCAAGGAGGAAUAAGAGGAGCUGUUCAGUGUAUUUCUCUUGACUUUUUUAGGAUAAAAAGCUUUGAGUGCAAUGUGAGUUUUCUCCCGAAAGUGUCCCGUCUGUCACUUUUAAUGUGUAAAAUAAGCAGAGCUUAUUUAUUGAGUUCCGUAUUUAUUAUUCCAAAUGUGCCACUCAUACAUUCUCCCUAAUAGACAUCGCAGAGACGCCUAUUUAAUGUUUGUGUUUACAUCUGGAAGAUGUAUUCAUUAGAAUGUUUGCUCAUCUGCAAAACGUCAAUUAGAAGUGAAUUUUCUGACGUUAAAUUAACGGUUAGAAUAUGUCUUUAGGAUGUUUUAAAUGUUCAUUCGCCAAACAUUUUUAAAAUGUUUAUCAAAUGUUUGAACACAGCAGAUGUUUUCCAGACCAAACGAUCUUUACAAUACAUCUUGCAGAUGUACGUGCUACCUACAUCAAAUCAAAGAUGAAACCAGAUGCAGUAUUUGUGCUAGAGGGUAGAUAAACGUACAGUGUAUGUUUAAAAUAAAACCUGAUGGUUUACUGGAUUUCAGAGAAAUGCUUUUAAUAUUUACCUGCACAUCUACAUUUGUUUUCAGUCAAAUUAAGGGCAAUAUCAAAAACCCAAUCAUUUAAAUAUCAGCUUGUCAAUGGUGUGACUGCUAUUUUCCACCCUCAUGAGACCUAAACUGUAGCUGUUAAAUUGCACACGGAUGCUGUUUAAAUAACAAUGUCAUAUCUAUGAAUUACUGUAGAAUUUUCAUGCUAUUAAACUGUUUUGAAAAAACGUGUGGUGAAUGAUGAUCUAAUGAAUGCCGCACACAUUUUAGUCUCCUUGUCUGGAAUUUAGACUACACAGAAAUCAUUUCAAAUAUAAGCUAAUUGGCAUUUUUAACAAGCUAAAAAUAUACAAUUAGUAAAUGAACACAUUUAGAAAUUACAGCACAUGAUGGUAAAUUAAUGCUAAUUGUUUUUAGUCGUCCGGAGUACCACAGAGGUCAUGUUAAUUUUGCUGAUUGAUCUUUUUUAUUACUAUAAUUUUGUAUAUAAAGUAUGCUUCAGAAUCGGUGUAGACAUGCAUGUGCAUUGUAAGACAGUGUUUUUCGGUUGCUGGUGGGAAGGGUGUGUGCAAGCGUGUGUGUAUGUGUGUGUUUAUGUCGAGAGAAACACAUUUUUACAAACUGCUGAAAACUGUUCUGUAAAUAUGACGUGAAUCCAGUGCCUGUGCAAUUAGAGAAAUACUUGAAGACUCGCUUGUGGAGAUGACAGAGUAAUCAGCAGAAUAAAUGUGCUUUAUUGUAUCAUGA